UCAAAUUAUCUCUCUAGCCUCUGCUUUACUCCCCACAGCCAUAGCCACUUCCCUUUGCCGUUUCCCUACGCAGAAGAGAAAGAGAGAGAGACAGACAGAGACAGGGGAUUGAGAGAAGAAGAAGAGUCUUCGAUGGCGUGGGAAACGGGUUGCUCGAGCAAUAUGAACGAUUUCCAUGGCCGACUUUACGAGGAGGAGAGAGCAAUGGGAGAUUUGCAGGGGAUGCUUGACGGAGUCCUGUUCAUGAAAGUGAUGACCGACGAGCAGAUCGAAGUUCUCCGGCGCCAAAUCUCCAUCUACGCUACUAUUUGCGAACAAUUAGUGGCGAUGCAUAGAGCCUUCACUAAAACCCUAGCCGGAAACAAUUUUGGAACUACUUCAUACAACCCUUCAGCAUCAGCAGAAGUCCCAAAGAUUGCUGCAAGGCAACGGUGGAUCCCAACUUCCACACAACUACAGAUCCUUGAGAACAUAUUCAAGCAAGGCUAUGAAACUCCGAGCAAGCAGAAGAUAGCAGAGAUCACUUCAAAGCUUGCAAAGCAUGGACAUGUCUCUGAUGUUAAGGUAUACAACUGGUUCCAAAACAAAAGAGCUCGGUCCAAGAAAAAGCAAGCUGUUCUUCUGAAAAGCAAUGCUGAACAAGAGAAUGAGGCAGAAAUUGAAUCUUGUAGCAGGAAGAAGAUGAAGAUGGACGAAAACCAUGAGAAUGAGGAGCCAGAGCUCAACAGAGGAGAAGAGGAGCAUGCUUCUAUGGACAGUGCAGGAGUUUUGUGCGCCCAGGAGCAAGUGAAUUUCUAUGAGAAUUCUGCUUCUCUUCCAACUUACAGUUGUCGAACACACUUUAGGGAGCAGAAAGACGAUGCAAGCUAUUGAGUUUCCUUGGCACAAUCGUGGCUAAAUGCAGUGUAAUUACAUAUGCAUUGCUGUUAUGCAUUGCUGUUGGUCUGACAUAUUUACUCCAACAUUUGACUUUGGCUACACCGACCAUGGCGUCUUUAGGCCAAUCUCAAGCAUGGUCACACCACCAUGCGAUCAAACAUAUUUUUGGCAAGAAAUUUCAUUUCGAUUUUGGUGAGAGCUAUAAAAUUAAAAGCACAGACACAACAUAAGGGAAGUUGGGUA